UAGAAUUAUAAGCUGUCACUUUGAUUUGAUAAUGAAAAGGGAAGGAGGAGUUAUAAUCAGUGUUUAUGUUGAAUCUUUAUCAAGUAAAGAUUCACAACAUAGAUCUAAUCCCUCGAAAAGAACUCAUCCAAGCACUGCAACAAAGAGAGGUUACGAUCGUCGAGCACAACUCCUGAAUUAUGCUCAUGAAUUAAGGCAUGGCAAUUAUCAACAUCUCUCGUGGAAGUCUAACAAUUCAUCAAACCAAAAACACAAGAAAUGGAGAUGGACAAGAAGGAUUAGAUUGUCAUUUUCCCAUUUGUUCCGUCGAAAAGAUAAGGAAUGGAGGCAUGAGCACAUUGGAACACAAGGCUACGGUGAUGGAGAAGAAUCAUGCUGUCAAAAUGGGCUAAAAUGGAGAAAGCUUAGAGGAGCAAAAAGGAAGACAACUCAUGUUUGUAAUAGACUGAAGUGCUUCUUCAAGGACAUUUUAGGUGCCUGGCAAUUCAGGUCUGAGGUGUGGUUUUCUCAAAUGGUUAGAUCAACAUGAUGAAUUGUUCUUAAAAAAUUAUAGUUUGAAAGAUCAAAAAAGGGAAGAAAAUGGUAGAGUUUUUUUUUUGUAGAAGAUAACGUUACUGUCUGGCCAGUUAAUUAGAUGAGAUAUAUAUGUCUAAGAAAGAUAUUGAAUUGUAUUGUACAUCCUCUUUAGUCUGAUGUAAAUGUCAUUUGUUUAUUUUCAGAAUUACCUAUUACUUUUUUGCA